AUGGACGCGAACCAGCAACAACAGAAUUCAACCGAUAGCACGACAGUAAUCGUGGAAAACGGCGAAGAAAUAGUUAAAGUUAAUACAAUGCAGGUGCCCAAUGGAAUUAGUCAUGGGAAACAUUUGAACGGGCCGGAUCAAGUUAUACCAGCCGAUAGUUUCAUUUGUUCUGAACCUGGGGGGCAUGUGAAACUGCACGUAAAAGCCCGAGGAGUGGCUUCCGAACCCCCAAUCUCAGUGCCCGGCCUACUCAACCGGACUGUAGCGAGGUACCCCGACGCCACAGCCCUCGCUACGAAAAAAGCAGACGGAAAAUGGCACAAAAUCACUUACAAGCAAUACCAAGAGCGUGUGCGCACUGUGGCGAAAGCUUUUAUAAAGCUAGGCCUAGAGCGAUACCACUCUGUCUGCAUUCUCGGUUUCAACUCGGAACAAUGGUUCGUCGCCGACUUAGCAGCCAUACACGCUGGUGGUUACGCAGCAGGUAUCUACACAACAAACUCAGCGGACGCCUGCUACCACUGUCUGCUGUCGUCUCGAGCCAACAUCUGUGCCGUGCAGGACAAGAAGCAACUCGACAAGAUCCUGUCCGUCCGACACAAACUGCCGCAUUUGAAGGCGCUAAUACAAUGGGAGGGAAAAGUUGACACAUCCGUACCUGGUGUUUACAGUUGGGAGCAAGUUCUGGAAAUGGGUGCCAAAGAGCCCAAUACACAACUAGACAAUGUUUUAAAAACGAUUGCUGUCAACGAAUGCUGCACAUUAGUGUACACGUCAGGAACAGUGGGUCCCCCGAAAGCUGUGAUGUUGUCUCAUGACAACUUGACGUGGGACGCUUACUCCAUCUCCGAGAGAGUGGGAGAUCUGCAGCCAACGUAUGACCGCAUCAUCUCCUUCUUACCUCUCAGUCACGUCGCUGCUCAGGUAGUAGACAUCUACACAACAUUGUCGAAUGCGAUCCCUGUGUUCUUCGCGCAACCGGACGCGCUCAAAGGCAGCUUGGUAGAAACACUCAAGGAAGUUCGACCGACGAGGUUCUUGGGCGUACCGCGAGUAUGGGAGAAAAUGUAUGAAAAGAUCAUGGCUGUUGGCGCGUCCAGCGGUUAUUUGAAGAAGCAGAUUGCUAUGUGUGCUAAGGACAAGGGUCUUAAGUACCAUCUUGCCAGGAUUAAUGGGGUGGACGGUUCGUCAUUCGGAUAUAAGAUGGCCAAGUCGUUGGUGUUCAACAAGAUACACGAGUCUCUUGGGUUGGACCACUGCACGACGUUCGUGACCUCAGCGGCGCCACUGUCGCCUGAUAUCAAGAAGUUCUUCCUCUCUCUCGAUCUACCUAUUGUUGAUGCCUUCGGAAUGAGUGAGGCUUCCGGAGCUCACACGCUUAGCAUAUAUCCCAAAUUCUCAUUAGACUCAGCUGGUGCACUUCUAGAUGGUACAGAAACGAUGUUCGGAGGAUCGACCAGUCCUAACGGUCCUGGUGAGAUCAUGAUGCGAGGUCGCCACGUGUUCAUGGGCUACCUAUGUGACGAAGCGAAGAGUAAAGAAGCCAUCGACGCGGAGGGCUGGCUGCAUUCUGGAGAUAUCGGCAGGGUUGACAGCAAUGGACUUCUUUACAUAACAGGAAGAAUAAAGGAAUUGUUGAUCACGGCGGGUGGUGAAAAUGUGGCUCCUGUGUUGAUUGAACAGGCGGUACAGGCUGAACUACUGCACAUCGGCUACGCUGUACUCAUCGGUGACCAACGCAAGUUCCUCUCUAUACUACUUACUCUAAAGGCUAAAGUGAACUCUGAAACCAGUGAAGCUCUCGACGACUUAGACAAUGAAACAAGGAAAUGGGUUGCCAGCCUCGGCAGCAAAGCUACCAAGAUUAGUGAAAUUGUUAACAGUAAGGACCCUGCUGUCCACAAAGCAAUUGAAGAAGGUAUAACUCGCGCCAACAAACAUGCAAUUUCCAACGCGCAGAAGAUUCAAAAAUUCGCCAUCCUUCCCGCAGAUUUCUCAGUACACAGUGGAGAAUUAGGACCAACGCUAAAAGUGAAGAGAAACGUAGUCUACGAGAAGUACAAAGACAUCAUAGAGAACUUUUAUAAGGAAUAA